AUGUUCGGAGUUACACCACACGCGGUACCAUGCAUAGCACCGCCAGCACCCCCCAAGACAACAAAUGGCCGAACUAAGAGCAGGUCCUCAAGUCUUGUUCCUUUCAGAGAUGACUCCAAGCUGGUAGCGUUCCGGUACGACCAAACCGUCCAGGCAGAGCCACCUAUACCAAUACCACCACCUCGAUCUUCUCGUCGCCCGCCGCCACGUCCUAUUUCGUGCAAUACAGCUCGUAUUCCCAUCGUCGUACCGCCUCCACGUCCCGCCCCUCCUACCGAGCAGCACCCGGCACUAAGAACCAUCAGCAGUCCACGGACGAACGUAGAUGCGAGAAAGCGGGAUUCCUGUCAUUCGCCGACUACCCCUUCGAGCUCGUGGACUAUUCGCGAGGAUAGCGAGACGGACGACGAAGAUCCUUUUACCUACGAAAAAGUUAAGAAACUUAGCGAAAUUAGACCUCUCCAAUUAGCAACUCGUUCCGCAUCGCCUUCUCUAUAUUCGCGUCAAGAGGAACGAGUAAGCGAAUCCAACAGCAGGGCUAGCGCUCCUUCACCAGCACUGUCGGACGGCGAUACCAUUUCGCCAACAUCGCCAAACACUCCACCUUCUAACUUCUCAAAAAGGUUUGCAAGAAGCUUCAGUUUGCGAUCUAACUCAUCCAAAUCGUCGUUUUCAAAGAUGAAGCGAUUACGGAAGAAAGUAGGAAAAGAUGGGGUACCGCGUGCUGCUGCUGCUGAGAACCCCGGCUACCCACUAAACGGGCAGGACGAAUCGGCGCCUAAAUCCCCUAAAUCCCCUAAACCCCCUAGCGGCAGAUUGUCACCAGUACCUGACCCCCAUGGUUCCCCAGUUAUUUCAACCGCUAUCCCCACCGAGAGAUUGUUGGAAGAUGACUUUAUGACCCAGCUGUCCUUCUCUAAGCGUGGCAGCCUCAUUUUUGGCGCCAAGCACCCGCGCAAACCCAACAGGAAUCCGCCUAAGAUGGCCGAACAACACGGCAUCAUCGAUAAUGGAACCGCCGGUGCCGAUCGACCUAGAGAACCACGCGCUUUUCCUUUGAUACCGACGCGCGAAAAGGCUCCCGAUGCCGCCGUCGGCGCGAGCGCGAGCGCAAAUGAACCCGCCAAAUUCUCAGGGGCUUCCGACGACGCCUUGACCAGCACGCCGCCCACACCGCGCCGGUUACCUCCUAGUGUUCGGGUUAUAUCUGCUGAGGCGGAGAAGGAAUCUCAAAAGGUGAGAUCGCUCUAUGAAUCCGGGGAAGGUGUCAAGUGGGAAGAGGGCGCGAGACACUCGUCGAUCGAUGAGCGUAUCCAGCCCUCAGCAGAAGACCCAGCAGAAGACCCGUCAGAAGAUAAUGCGAAUGAUGCGUCAAACGACCAGGCUGGGCACCUUACUCCAGUCUCGGCUUCUACUUCGUUGCCACCAGAUAACGACGUAAGGCGCGAAUAUGAGUUGGCAGGAGGAAUCGAGGAUUGGGAAGGGGUGCAGGUUGAAGAUGUCGAUCGUUACGGUUUCAUUUCAGUUCAACAGCCGCAAGAUUCGCGGCCGUCGUCGCCAACCGGAACCACCACGUCUGUCCAUUUUUCAAUGCACAAACAGCGAAACGUUCUUUUUCGGAAAGAAACGGCAUCACGUUCGUUAAGAGUCAGGAGUGGCCCCAGUAGGAAGAUGUCAACACGCUCCUUGAAUACGCAGGCGUCGGAAUUAUCUACGGCGUCGCAUCGUUCCGCUCUUUCGGCUACCUUCCGCCAAGCCACAAACUUAUUGCCCCAUAACAGGGACAGGAAAUUGCUGGACGAAGCUGGGGAUAUCCUUGCAACGCACCCGGGCUUAUCGCAUAUUACUGAGGACGGAUCGGCCGAGAGGAAGUUAACCGAGUCGAAGCUGAAGGAGACGCAGCGCGCUGAGAAGUGGUUGAGGAUGGCUACAGUAACUAAAGCAGGCGAGGACGGCCAAGGUAUGGUGUUUGAUUUUGAUCUGAAGCACCCGAAGCUAGUCAAACGUGUAUGGAAGGGUAUCCCUGAUUGUUGGCGAGCGGCGGCUUGGUAUUCGUUCCUCUCUACCGCUGCCAAGGCUAGCGGCGAACCGUCUGCUACGGAGGAGGAAAUCAAGGCUGAAUACCAUCGCCUCGCCGAGGAACCAUCGCCUGACGACGGGCAAAUCGAUUUGGACGUGCCCAGGACAAUUAAUCAGCAUAUUAUGUUCAGGCGGAGAUAUCGUGGUGGCCAGCGAUUGCUUUUCCGAGUACUGCACGCCUUGUCCCUUUAUUUUCCCGAUACGGGCUACGUCCAGGGCAUGGCUCCGCUGGCGGCAACUUUCCUGAGCUAUUUUGACGAGGAGAUGUGCUUCGUAAUGCUGGUGCGACUAUGGAAGUAUCGUGGUCUCAAUCGGAUGUAUGGUUCCGGAUUCGUGGCGCUCAUAGAGGCUCUAAAGGAUUUCGAAAAUGAUUGGUUAGCUAGUAGAGACGUCGCUUCGAAACUUACUGAGCUUUGUAUUGACCCCACGGCGUACGCCACCAAGUGGUAUCUGACCCUCUUCAACUUAUCGAUACCAUUCCCUGUUCAGCUCCGCGUGUGGGAUGCAUUCAUCCUACUCGGCUCUUCGCCAGAGCCGACAGAUGGCACCACGUCGCCGAACAAGGCUGCUCCAGAACCGUCGUCUAAGGGACUUGAGAUCCUUCACGCGACCAGUCUCGCUAUUAUUGACACGCUCCGGCCAACGCUGCUGGAUUCCGACUUUGAAAACGCUAUGAAGUCCCUUACUUCCUGGGUUCCUAUUAAGGAUGAGCAAGGAUUUAUGGACCUCGUUCAACUAGAGUAUAGACGGCAUGAGGGCAAACAGAAGGCCUAG